AUGGCAUCUGAGGCGCGUGUGUCGUCUAUUAAGAUUGUGCUUUGCGGCCCUAGCAACGCUGGGAAGACGUCGAUAACGAAACGUUUCAUCACGGAUGCCUUUGACGAAUGCCAAGACACAACAGUUGGCUCAGCAUUCUUCUCUAAGCAGCUUUAUUCAAACGCGCACAAAUCAAGUGUUCGGGUAGAGGUGUGGGAUACCGCCGGACAGGAAAAAUACCGCGCGAUGGCCCCAAUGUAUUUUCGCCAUGCUGCGGGGGCGUUACUUGUGUUUGACGAGACUGUGGUAAAAUCCUUUGACGAGCUUGAGGCGGUUUGGCUGCCCGAGCUACUGCCCCAUAUGAAUAACAGUACCGAAUUUAUUGUUGUCUGUGGGAACAAAUGCGAUGCCGUUUUGACCGAUAGACAACGGGAAAGUGUGCAUCACGCCGAAGAAAUCUGUCGUGCGAAAGGCAUAACAUUUUUGCAUACGUCUGCAAAGAAGGGACAAAAUGUGCAUGAAGCAUUUGGAGGUUUGGUGGAUGGCAUACUAACGAGGCGUGCAAAGGAAGCGGCAGCGGAGCUUACGGCAGGAGGAAACAGCGGUGACGGACGCGCCAGUAGCGCAUGGGUCGCAAGAUUGGGGACAAUACGUGACGACGGCGGCACCCACGCUAAAAGCGGCUGUUGUUAA